AUGGUAGCCACUGUUACCGACGACACAGACCUCAAUGGAAUGCGCGCCGCAGGGCGUGCUGCAGCCAGCGUGUUAGAAAUGAUUGGCCCACAUGUUGUACCCGGCGUGACCACCGACGCGCUCAACACCCUGUGCCAUGACUAUAUUGUCGACCAGUUGGGCUGUAUCCCUGCGCCGUUGAACUAUGGGGGUGGCGGCGGACAGAUGCCCUUCCCCAAGUCGAUCUGUACCUCUGUGAACCACGUGGUCUGCCAUGGCAUUCCCACCGAGAGCAAGAUAUUAAAGAACGGCGAUGCGCUGAACAUAGAUAUCACCGUGAUCAAAGACGGCUACCACGGUGAUACCAGCAAGAUGUUCUGUAUCGGCGAACCGUCAGUGCUGGCCAAGCGGCUGAUCAAAGUCACCCAGGAGUGCCUUUAUAAGGGUAUCGAAGCUGUAAAAGCGGGCGCGCAUCUGGGUGACAUCGGCCACGCCAUCCAGCAACAUGCCGAACGCAAUCGAUUCAGCGUUGUACGUGAGUUCUGUGGCCACGGGAUCGGCAAGGUAUUUCAUGAUGCGCCCCAGGUACUCCACUACGGACGUCCCGGGUCUGGUAUGCGCCUGGAAGAAGGAAUGACGUUUACCAUCGAACCCAUGAUCAACGCGGGCAAGCGUCACAUUAAAAUCUUACCCGAUCAAUGGACCGCAGCGCUCGAGAGCCGACAACAACUCAAUGCGCUGCAGGAUGGUCUUGCGGCGAGAUUCUGGCAAAACGAACCCAUAGAAACGUUGCUGCUCGAAAUGAGCAACGGCAUCGACGACAUCCUGCGAGACCUGUUUGCAACGCAUCUGGGCGACACUAAACAGGUUGCCUUGUACGCGGUGGGUGGCUACGGGCGCCAGGAGGUCCAUCCCGGUUCUGACAUCGACAUUCUUGUGCUUGCCAGCAAACCACAGAAGUACCAGCGAAAGAUCGAGCUGUUCCUGCAGUCUGUAUUCGACCUCAAUGUCGAAGUUGGCCACAGUGUGCGCGACAUCAAAUCCUGCAAGGUGCAGGCCAAGCAGGAUAUUACCGUCGCCACCGCGUUGUUUGAACGACGUUUCAUUACCGGUGACACUUCACUCACCAGCGGCCUGGACAAGGCACUGAACAACCCUCGCCUGUGGCCUGCAGACAAAUUUUUCCAGGCCAAGUACGAAGAACAGAAACAACGCCACAAAGAUUACGAUAAUGUCGAGUACAACCUCGAACCCAACAUCAAAACCUCGCCCGGCGGUUUGCGCGACAUUCACACCGCGCUAUGGAUCUGCAAGCGAAAGUUCAACACCACCGAUCCCGAAAAGCUGGUAGAACUCGGCGUGCUCAUGCCGACGGAGAAAAAAUGGCUGGUUGAGGGUAGACGUUUUAUCUGGUGGGUGCGUUUUGGUUUGCACCUGAUUGCCCAGCGCAAAGAAGACCGAUUGCAAUUCGCCCACCAGCGCGAACUUGCCCAACGAUUGGGUUUCGUUGACACCGAAACCCAGCGCGGGGUGGAACGCUUCAUGUACCACUACUAUCGGCAUGUACUGGCUCUGACAGAAGUGAAUGACAUUCUGAUACAGUAUUUUCAGGAAUCCACUAUUCCCCCGCGCAAGGUUCGCGAAGAACCCAUAAACGAAAGAUUUCAGCUGACUAACAGCUAUAUUGAAGCGCGCAGUGACGAUACAUUUCAGCAGACGCCUUCCGCCAUCCUCGAGAUGUUUGUGAUCAUGGCCAAUCGUCGUGAUAUUGCUGGCGUCCGCGCCCGCACCAUUCGCCAGAUCCGGGAAAACCUGCAUCUCAUCGACGACGAUUUUCGCGACAACCGUGCACAUCAGAAACUGUUUCUCGAUCUGUUAAAGGCACCCUACACACUGGUUUCUCAGCUGACCCGAAUGCGCAGAUACGGUGUGUUGGGGCGUUACAUACCUGAAUUUGGUCGCGUUAUCGGGCAGAUGCAGCACGAUCUUUUUCACAUCUAUACCGUCGAUGCGCACACCAUGAUGGUCAUUCGUAACAUGCGCCGAUUCCGCUACCGGGCCAGCAAACAGGCUUUUCCGGUGGCUUAUCAUGCGGUCCACACGCUGCCUAAGCUCGAACUUCUCUAUAUCGCAGGUAUUUUCCAUGAUAUCGGCAAAGGCAGAGGCGGCGACCAUUCCACGCUCGGGGCUGCUGAUGCGGAAAUUUUCUGCCGGCGCCACGACUUAAGUGUGACUGAUACACAACUGGUCUGCUGGCUUGUGGAGAAACACCUGUUCAUGUCUUCUGUUGCACAACGGGAAGAUAUUUACGAUCCGGAUGUGGUGUACAAAUUCUCCCUGGAAGUUAAAUCCGAAAUGCGGCUGGAUUACUUGUAUGCAUUGACUGUUGCCGACAUCAACGCCACCAACCCGACCUUAUGGAACAGUUGGCGCGCCACGCUCCUGCGCCACCUCUACAACGAAACCCGCAAACUCCUGCGUCGCGGCGUGGAAGCCUCAGCCGAUCGUGAGGAUGCGGUGGCCGCGUAUCAGGAACGUGCACUUGAGCGACUGAUCGAAGCCCACCCUGAUUUAGAUAAAGCGGAGGUCAGGAACGUCUGGGAAGACAUCGGUGAGGACUUUUUCCUGCGUCACACACCGCCGCAGAUUGCAACGCUGACCGAAGCGCUUGUACAACAUGAUCUGGCAGAUGGCGCUUUUGUUACCCUUCGCGACACCCACGGAGAUUCGCCUGGCGAAGGUGCUACCCGGGUGUAUAUUUACUGCAGGGAUCAGCGAGGUCUAUUUGCGACCUCUGUGCUGGCACUGAGUCACUUCGACCUGAACAUCGUGGACGCAACCGUUUCCACCGCAGAAACUGGCAACUGCUUUGAUACCUACACAAUAUUGACCAGUGACGGCGAGAGCCUGCCACGUGAGGGCCAGCUGCGCGAAAAGAUCGCCUCACGUCUGGUGCAGGCGAUUAACGACGACGCCAAGGGGCUGGAUCUACCCCGUCGUCGCCUGUCACGGCGAUUGCGGGAAUUGCCCCACCCCACAAGUGUCAGCAUUGUGCCCAACGCCACCGGAGACGCAUCAAUCAUGACCGUCAUCGCCAGUGACCGCCCUGGAUUACUGGCGACAAUAGGUUUGUUACUGGUAGAACUGAACAUAGAACUUCUCUCAGCAAAAAUCGCCACGUUGGGUGAACGCGUGGAGGACACUUUUGUGAUUCAGAACAGCGACUUCCAGCCUAUCGGCAAAGGAAUUGGGAUUGAAUCAACUGGGACAGGCUUAACCAUGACGUACAACCCGCACCUGAAAGACCUGCAACCUUAUCCGUUUGAGCGUUUACGCCAACUCACUCACGACAUUGAAGGUAAUCCAUCUUUCAGCCUCAUCCCGUUGACCCUGGGUGAACCAAAACAUGCCCCGCCGGAAUUUGUGGUGAAGGCUUUAACCGACCCGGAGAACAUGCGCCAGGCGUUAGGGACCUAUCCGCUGACCAAAGGCUCCAUUGAGCUUCGCACAGCGAUAGCCAGCUGGCUGCAAAAAAGAUUUACCGUAAACGUUGAUCCGGAAAUUGAAAUUCUACCGGUGAACGGCACCCGCGAAGGCUUAUUCGCUUUUGCUCAAGCGAUGUUAAGCGGUAAACCAGACAGCCUGGUUAUGAUGCCUAAUCCGUUUUAUCAGAUUUACGAAGGCGCAUCUCUGCUGGCUGGCGCCACCCCACUGCUUAUCGACAACCAGCCCUCAUUGGACUUCCAACAGGAUUUCGAACACAUCACAGAGGCCCAGUGGCAACAGACCGAACUUGUAUAUCUUUGCUCUCCCGGCAACCCGACCGGACAGAUCAUGCCGCAGGCACAGCAACAGGCUUUGAUCGAACGCGCACACAAGUACAACUUUGUGAUCGCAGCUGACGAGUGUUAUUCCGAGCUUUACUUUGAUGAAUCGCUGCCACCGGGCAGUUUACUCAGUGCCAGCAAGGCUAUGGGCAACCCGGACUUCAGCCGCUGCGUGGUGUUCCACAGUUUGUCUAAACGUUCCAACCUGCCGGGCUUGCGCAGUGGCUUUGUGGCCGGAGACAAAGCCCUGAUGUCAGCCUUUCUCGCCUAUCGUACGUACCACGGUUGCGCAAUGAGUGCACAUCAUCAGGCGGCGUCGACCCUGGCCUGGCAGGAUGAAGAUCAUGUUAUUGCUAAUCGGCGGCUAUACCAGGACAAAUUUGCUGCGGUCAGCAACAUUCUUGCCCCCCACUACACAAUGAAUAAACCGGAUGGCGCUUUUUACCACUGGCUUGCCACGCCAACCGACGACGGCGCGUUUACACGCGCGCUGCUGGAGAAAUUCAACGUCCUCGUCAUGCCGGGACAGUUCCUCGCGAGAUCAAAUAAUGGCCACAAUCCCGGCAGCGGCUUUGUCCGCGUGGCCUGGGUAGCGUUGUCAGCGCUGAUCUGUAGAAUACCGCGUCUUUUUACAGGAGACGUCCUCGACUGCCUGUUUCCUAACCCAGUGAUGCACCCGGAUGCCGCACUCACUGAUGUGUUGGCGGAAUUCAAGGCAGGCACGAGUAGCCUCACACCAGAGCAGGCUCACACGGCCAACAGCCGCUGUGAUGAGAAGCUGUUUCCACCUUCGAUGCUGGCAUCCGACCAGCCGUUAACCGCUGUUUGCCUGGCCGAUGACUCACCUAUUAACAGCACCGCAGAGGCCUAUCUGAAACUGCAUUUGCUGUCUCAUCGGCUGACCCGUCCGAACACACUCAACCUUGACAAUAUUUUUGCGCACCUGCCUAACCUGGCCUGGACCAGUGAAGGUCCAAUUGAAGUCAAUGGGCUGCAGGCGGCUUUGCUGGACGCCCGCCUUCAUGGCAGGCACCUGGAAGUAAUGAGUGUCGACAAGUUCCCAAAAAUGGUGAACUACGUUAUGCCGUCAGGCGUAAGGAUCGCAGAUGCCAGUCGUAUCAGACUCGGCGCCUACCUCGGUGAAGGCACCACUGUGAUGCACGAAGGUUUUGUAAAUUUUAAUGCCGGCGCCAUCGGACCUAACAUGGUUGAAGGUCGCAUCUCUCAGGGUGUGAUUAUUGACGAAGGCACUGACCUGGGUGGCAGCGCCAGCACCAUGGGUACGCUGUCCGGCGGUGGUGAAAUCACCAUCAGCCUCGGCAAGAACUGCUUAAUCGGCGCAAACGCCGGAACCGGCAUACCCUUAGGCGAUCGCUGCACCAUCGAAGCAGGUUUAUACAUCACCGCAGGCAGCGUGAUCAGUGUGGUAGAUGAACAUGGUGAGGCAGUACGCAAGGUUAAAGCCCGUGAACUUGCCGGCGGAUCGGAUCUGCUGUUUAUCCGCAAUUCUCAGACCGGCCAGGUGAUCUGCCGCACCAACCGCCAGGCGUCAGCUGCGGCUGUUUUGGAUCUGACCUGCGAACUGAUUGCAAAACAAUCGGUAACGCCCGCAGAUGACGGUUGCCAGGACAUCAUCGGCGCGCGGCUUGGCGCCCUUGGCUUCAAUCUGGAGCAGAUAGAUGCAAACGGCGUACGCAACCUGUGGGCCGUGCGAGGCAAUGGCUCUCCGCACCUGCUGUUUGCCGGCCAUACGGAUGUGGUGCCGCCCGGGCCGUUGGAUCAGUGGCACACGCCACCUUUCACACCAACCGUGAUCGACAACGUCUUAUACGGUCGCGGCGCUGCUGAUAUGAAAGCCAGUCUUGCCGCGAUGGUGGUGGCGACGGAGAACAUCCUGCAACAGCACCCGGAUAUGCCCGGCACCAUCAGCUUCCUGAUCACCAGUGACGAAGAGGGGGACGCGACUUAUGGCACAACCUACGCCAUACAGGCACUUAAAGCGCGAGGUAUUACACCCGACUACUGUGUGGUUGGUGAGCCCAGUUCCAGCUUACAGACAGGUGAUGUGGUGCGGUGUGGCCGCAGAGGGUCCCUGAACGGCAAAUUGCUUGUGCGUGGUAUUCAAGGCCAUGUUGCCUACCCUGCCGAUGCAGACAACCCGAUUCAUAAGGCACUUGGUGCACUUGCAGAACUGACCGAUAUUGUCUGGGACAACGGCAACGACUUUUAUCCGCCUACCAGCUUUGCUAUCUCGAACAUCAAUGCAGGCACGGGCGCGACAAACGUCAUUCCCGGCAAUCUGAGCGUGCUGUUUAACUUCCGCUUCAACACAACGCAAACAAGUCAUGGCCUGCAACAGGCGGUAGAGGCGCUGCUCGACAAGUACCACUUAGACUAUCAGUUAGACUGGGCUUUAUCUGGUGAGCCCUUCCUUACCCAGCCCGGCGCUCUGACAGGCGCAGUCACCGAAGCCGUGCAGGCGGAAAUGGGGUUUGCACCAGAGCUGUCAACUUCCGGCGGCACAUCGGACGGUCGUUUUAUCUCACCCUGGGGCUCACCUGGCAGCCACAGCGUCGAAGUGGUUGAACUCGGUCUACUGGUGUUUGUGCUUGCGGCGAUAGCCGCAGCUCCAGCAGGUCAGGGCGACCUGCUUGUCGAGGAUAAUCACCUCGGUCAGGUGAACUGGGACUUUCAUGUUGGCUCGUUGUUCAGAUUACAGCCGACCUAUCAAUGGACACUGACCCAAACCAACUGGCAAUUGGCAGGACUGGCUGGGGCGAGCUUCAGUGACGCUGAGAUCAAUAUUUCUGGUGAUGUCGAUGCUCAAGCUGUAAAUCAAUGGCUGGCGCCUUACGACAUCACUACCAGUGGGACCUUCAGUAUCUUGCCCACCCGGAUUCUGCUGCCGCACAACACCCCUCUACCCAGCGCAUUUGCAGGACAGAUAAACUGGACCGGUGGAUUGGUCCGCUACACACUGUCGGGACAGCUCAGCGAGGCAACGCUGCCACCUCUGGUCGCCUAUCUGGAUAUGAACGGGAAUAAUGAACCCCAGGCCACGGUUUUUGCCGAAAAUGAUCAGACGCCUUUGAUGAUCGCUACCCUCGGCGCCAAUGGAUUCGCUAAAGUAGGUGCUGAGCCGGCCAAGUGGCUGCUGAUCAUAGGUAUCGCUUAUACCCUGGCGACACUUGCCUGGUCGUUUUUUGAUACACCUAUCGCCCCCGUGACCGUUGCAGACUCAGACCUCGGCAAAAGUACAAGUGUACGUCCCGCAGCAAACGUCAACUGGAUCCUGGGCAAACAUCUGUUUGGUGAAGCCGGCGCUGCACCGGUGGUGACCAGUCGUGAUGCACCCGUCCAGCAAACGCGCCUCCCCCUCGAGCUACAGGGUGUAUUCAUGGCUGACGAAAAUCAGGCUUCCGCAGCCAUUGUUGCGCAAAGAGGUAAGCCCGGAAAACGCUACGUGGUUGGGGACACGCUGCCGGGCAAUGCAAAACUCGACGAAGUGUUCACCAAUCGUAUUAUUCUUGUCCGUGCCGGCGUGCGCGAGACGUUACCCUUUCCGAAAACAAAAACUGAAUUCAUCGCCGAAGAUUACCCCGACGAGAGCAUUGAUGGCUCGGCCUCAAGUAACAGCCCAGCAGACCUGAUCGACACGGCAAACGUUGCGACUGAACAGGAAGAGUCUGCACCUGAAGAAAUUGUCGAGCAGUAUCGGGAACGCCUUGCAGCAGACCCCGCUGCCGCGUUAAAUGACCUCGGUGUGGAGACCGUCGAUGGCGGCGGAUAUCGAAUUGGCAACCUGGCACAGAAUCCCCUGCUGAAAAACACGGGCCUGCAGGCCGGUGAUGUCAUACUGUCGGUAAACGGACAACCCGUUGGCGACAUUUCCCAGGACCAGCUGGAACUGGACAACAUCAUGGCGCAGGGCUCCGCACGAAUAGAAGUCCAACGCGGCACUGCGGUGCUGGCACAAGAACAGACCUGGCGUAUCACGACAAAAAACUCGGAUAUGCAUGAAUUUGUCGCGCAAGUGGCUGAAAUCACAGGCAAAACCUUUGUUCUGGACCCACGUCUGAAAGGCUCUGUAACGGUUAUCUCAGACGCGCCUAUGGAUAAAGACGGCGUCUAUGCGCUGUUUCUUAGUGUUCUUCGCUUACACAAUUUUACCGCGGUACCUUCCGGCGACGUGAUCCGAAUUCAACAGAACGCAACCGGCAAACAGGGCCCUGGCGUGCCGGGUGACCUGGGUUCGAUCGCACCGGAAGAACUGGUCACUCGAGUGGUUGCGGCGCAGAACGUUGAUUCCGCGGAACUGGUGAAAAUUUUACGCCCAUUGAUUCCCCAGUACGGCCACAUUGCCUCGGUCGCCCAGCCCAAUGUUGUCAUCAUCAGUGACCAUGCGGAUAACAUCGUUCGGUUGAAACGUCUGAUUCAGCAAAUCGACGUAUCCGAUGAAGAAGAGGUUGUCAUGGUACCGCUGAAAGAUGCCUGGGUAGGCACCGUGGUGGCCAUUCUGGAAAAGGUUGCACCCGAGCAGAUCGGGCGCAACGCCAAAGGACCACAACGUAUUCAGAUCAUCGCUAACGAACGCAACAAUUCCCUGGUUUUACGCGGUAAACCCCGACCCAUUGCUGAGGUUCUGAAACUCGUCGAAAAGCUUGAUCAGCCCACAACCACGACCGAUGCAACCCAGGUCAUUAUGUUGCGUCAUGCAGACGCGGUGAACGUGGCUAACAUUCUCGGCGGGGUCAUCAGCAGUCGCGCAAGCAAAGGCGAAGAAGGUGCAACCCAGGAAACCACCAUACAGGCUGAUGAAACCCUCAAUGCCAUUGUUGUCAGCGCAGACCCCGGGGCUAUGAACGAGUUGUUAGAGAUCGUCGAAAAGCUCGAUAUCAGACGUUCCCAGGUACUGAUUGAAGCGGCCAUUGUUGAGAUAACACUUGAUGACAGCCUGGACUACGGCGUAGAAAUGGCCGCUGCAGAUGGAUCCGGCGAGACAGUACCCCUGAUAACCACCAGCCUGCAGGGCGUGAUUUCCAGCCUGUUCAGCGAAUUGGUUGGCGAGGAUGGCAAUGUCGAUGCGCUACAAGCCCUGGCGAAUAUCACCAGCCCUACCCUUGCUGCAGCCAAGAUCGAUGUUGGCGCCAUUUCCUUUGGUGCGGUGAUCACCGCGCUGGCUACCAACUCGAGAGCCAAUUUACUGUCGACGCCCAGCAUCCUGACCCUGGACAAUCAGGAAGCGCACAUCCUGGUAGGUCGGGAAGUACCCUUUCGCACAGGCUCAUUUACCACCACUGGAGACGGCACCUCCAACCCGUUUACCACCGUCCAGCGCGAAGACGUUGGCGUUGAACUUACUGUGACACCCUACGUACACGACGAUUCCGCUGUACGUUUGGAUGUCAUCCAGCAGAUCACCAACGUGCUGGCAACGCCGGUCGGUGGUGAGGCGUUUGCUGACGUUGUUACCUCUAAACGCACCAUUGAAACAACAAUAUUGGCGGAAGAUCGUCAGACCAUUGUGCUCGGCGGUUUGAUACAGGACGACAUCACUGAAUCAGAAUCCAGGGUACCGGUGCUGGGCAGUAUUCCGGUGCUGGGCAACUUGUUCAGGUCACGCGGCAAAACCAACGCAAAAACCAAUCUACUGGUAUUUCUGCGCCCUACGAUCAUCCGCAGUAAAGAAGAGGCAAUCAGUGUUACCCAGGAUAAAUACAAAUCUGUCUGGGAAGUAGAAAUCAAUUCCGUUGAUCGCACGUUGGACGGCUUGUUCGAUGGCAGACGCCCAGAGGUCUCCACACCUAACUAG